UUGCAUGCAGUUCUACAUUCACAUUAGCAUGCAUUCACAUGUACACCUUUUCCAGAGAAACGAAACCUUUCUGUGCCCUUUAUCUGAUAGAAUAAAUCGAAACUGAUCUCACUUCAACCAGCCUUCUUUAAGGGUGCACACCAAAAUGGCAGAGGCAAAUAUCUCAGUGGAUGAAAACCAUUUCCAAUGUCCGAUUUGUUUGGAGCUACUGAAGGAUCCAGUAACUAUUCCAUGUGGACACAGUUACUGUAUGGAGUGUAUUACGAAGGGAUGGGACAUAGACGAUGAAAAGGGUGUCUACGGUUGCCCCCAGUGCAGGCAGACGUUCAACCCAAGACCUGUUUUAGGUAAAAAUCCCAUUCUGGCUAACAUGGUUGCAAAGCUAAAGACCCAUGGUCUUCAAAGCAUUCAAUCGGAUGGCGGGUUUGCUGAACCUGGCGAUGUGGAGUGUACGGUUUGCAUAGGAAGGAAACGCAAAGCUGACCUAACGUGUCUGGAGUGCCUUGAUUCCUACUGUGCAACUCACUUAUGCCGCCACGAGGAACUUUUCCUAGGAAAGAAGCACAAGAUGGUUAAGGCUGUCGUUGACAUCCAGGCGAGAGUGUGUUCACAACAUAACAAACCACUAGAAGUUUUUUGCCAGACUGAUGAAGAGUGUGUGUGUGUUGAGUGCAUCACAGAAAAGCACCAAGGACACGAUGUACUCUCACCUGCACGUGCACAGGAACAUGAAAAGAGGAUAAUGGAAUUAAGCUUACAGAGUGAAAUCUCUAAGAGGGAAUCUGAACUUAACAAGCUGACAGAAAAUGUUGAGCCUCUAAAGUCCUUUGCACAGGCUGCAGUGGAGCACAGUGACAGUGUCUUCACAGAGCUGCAGGCCUUCAUUGAGCAAAAGCGUGUAGAGGUGGCGGAGAUGAUCAGAACUCAGAAGGAGGCGGAGCUGAGUCGGGCAGAGCAGCUGCAGGAGGAGCUCAAUGUGCUGAAGAAGAGAGCAGCUGAUAUGGCGCAGCUGGCAAGCACAGAGGAUUACAUACAUUUCCUACAGAGUCUCUCUUCUUUUUCCCCAAAAGAUUUACCAGCUGUCACUGUCAGUGAAUGCUUCUCAUUUGAUGGUGUAAAAACAUCUGUCUCUCAUCUAAAGGAUAUGGUGAACGAAACAUGCACAAAUCAAGUGGGACUUGUGCAGAGAAGUGUGAAGUUUGCAAUGUUUCAAGAAAUGACCAGAUAUCAGUUGAAGAAAUAUUCCUGCUAUCCAAAACUAGAUGAGGAUACUGCACACAGACACCACCUCUUGUCUGAAAAGGGCACCAAACUUGAAUGGAGUCACAAUCCUACCUAUAGACGUGAUUAUUUCAGAGAUUGCCGACAGGCGUUGUGUUCAGAAGGUUUGUCCAGGCGUGCAUAUUGGGAGGUUGAGUGGGAUAGUCCGUUUGAAAUUUAUAUUGCAGUUGCAUAUCAUGACAUUGCACGGACAGGUACGAACAGCAGGUUUGGGUUUAAUAACAAAUCCUGGUGUUUGGGCUGCAAAAACUCUUGUCUUACUUUUUCACACAAUAAUGUUGAGACUGAAAUUCCAGGUCAAGCCCCCUCCAGAAUUGGGGUAUAUCUAGAUCACCAGGCAGGAAUUCUGGCAUUCUACGGGAUCACUAACUGUGACAGUUACACUGCCACAUAUCUUAUUUACAGAGUUCAUGCCAGAUUUACCGAGCCAUUAUUCCCAGGAUUUUACCUGUCAAGAGGCCAAAUAGAACUGUUUUAAAGGGUUUAUUGGCUACAGAAAAUGCUGUUUGUUUGGUAUAAUGAUAUACAGUUGUGUUUAAAAUAAUAGCAGUCCAACAUCAAUAACCUCAUAAACAUUUUUGGUAGAAGUGAUAUUUCUACAUGGCAAAUAAUUUAAGUGUUGUAGAGUCAUAGAAAACCAACAGACCCAACAGUCAUGACAUGCAUGCUGCUCAUUCUGUGUAAUUGAAUCUGUAAUUGAAAGGGCCAUGUUCAAAAUAAUAGCAGUGUUGUGUUCAAUUAGUGAGGUGAUUGAUUCUGUGAAGAAACAGGUGUCAAUUAUGGCCCAUAUUUAAGGAAGGAAGGGAGUAAAUGUUGUGCAUGCUGGUUAUAGUGCAUUUCACACUGCAAAAUGGGUCGUUCCAGACAUUGCGCUGAGGAACAGCAGACUUUAAUAAAAAAGUUGAUUUGAGAGGGGAAAACAUAAAGAAGUGCAGAAAAUUAUAGGCUGCUUAGCCAAAAUGAUUUUAAAAAGCUUUGAAAUGGCAUCCAAAGCCUGAACGAUGUGGGAAAAAAUGGUCAACUACCAUUUGAAUGGAUCGAAGAACAGCCAAAAUGGCAAAAGCUCAACCAGGAAAAUCAAAGAAGACAUAAAGUUACCUGAGUACUGUUAUGAUCAGAAGAAGGCUAUGUGAAGCAAAGUUAUCACUAAGCCCCCUCAAAGUCCCAUUGCUGAAAAAGAGACGUGCUGAAUAGGUUGAAAUUUGCCAACGGACACAUUGACUCACCAAAGGAGAAAUUGUGCAACAUUCUGUGCCCAUGCACUGAAUUCAAGCCACAGCACACUGAAGACAGUAAAGCAUGGUGGUGCAAAAAUCAUUUUAUGGGGAUGUUUCUCAUACUGUGGUGUUGGGCUUAUUUAUCGCAGGGAUCAUGGAUCAGUUUCAAUACAUAAAAAUACUUGAAGAGGUCAUGUUGCCUUAUGCUGAAGAGGAAAUGCCUUUGAAAUGGGUCUUUCAAUAAGACAAUGACCCAAAACACACCAGUAAGCGAGCAAAGUCUUGGUUCUAGAUGAACAGGUCUCAAUCCCAUAAAAAACUUGUAGGGUGACAUCAAAAAUGCUGUUUCUGAAGCAAAAACACAGAAAUGCAGAGGAAUUGUGGAAUGUAGUUCAAUUGUCCUGGGCUGGAAUACCUGUUCACAAGUGCCAGAAGUUGGUCGACUCCAUGCAACACAGAUGUGAAGCAGUUCUCAGAAAUAAUGGUUAUGCAACUAAAUAUUAGUGCAGUGAUUCAGAGUUUUUAAGCAAAGUUUUAAAGCAAAAUCUUGAAACAUUUUUAGUUUAUUCAGUAAAUGUUUGAGUUUGUAAAUAAAAAUGCAAACACUGCUAUAUUUUUGAACAGCCUAAUAUUCUUUUUCACUUUCUGUAAAGGUGUAACACAAACUUGAUCAAUUUUGGUCAUGUUUUGAUUUGGAAUUGAAUGUGCAGUGUU